AUGACCGACACAGGCGAUAGCACUACGACGCCCGCGGACCACGAACGAGUGGCAUGCCCGAACUGCGAUAAGAAACUCACCUAUGCGGUAUUAAACGAGCAUCUGGAUCGAUGUCUCGCGCAUACGCCCUCGCCAGAGAAGAAGAAGCGACCUUUGCAACACGAGUCGACCACGUCCUCCGAGCCCAAGGUGCGGCGAACGGAUGCAUCACAGCCGUUUGCAGAACGUAUGCGCCCACAAAAGCUUAGCGAAUAUAUCGGGCAGGAUACCGUCGUGCAUGGAGCUCUGCUUUCGCUCCUGCGCAAAGGGUUCGUGCCCUCCAUGGUCCUUUGGGGCCCGCCAGGCACCGGGAAAACGACGCUGGCUCGACUCGUUACACGAGAAGCGAACCAUGCGCAUACCUACCGAUUUGUCGAAAUGUCAGCGACUACUGCUACCGUCACAGACGUGAAGCGCGCAAUUGAUGAGGCCAUACGACGCCAGCAACUCUCUGGUCAGCGCACCGUGCUGUUCAUCGACGAAAUUCAGCGCUUCAAUCGUGCACAACAAGACAUUUUCCUUCCAGCGCUCGAGCGUGGGCAUAUUACUCUGCUUGCAGCUACCACAGAGAAUCCAUCUUUUCGUCUGCAAGGCGCUCUAUUAUCGCGACUUCGUGUCGUUGUCCUGGCAAAGUUGAAAGAGCGUGACUGUCUGCGUAUUCUUCGACAGGCCUUGGAACGUGUGCGUGCCGGGCUGGAUGGCGUUUUUGAGCAAGGCACUUACACGUACGUCACUGAUGCCCUGUUGGCAUGGAUUGCGCGUAUGGCAGACGGCGAUGCACGCGCGGCCUUGCACGCGCUAGAACUAGCGUUGGCCUCCGAGGAGGAAGGUUCAGAUGCUGAGCGUAUUGAGCAUCUAAAAGCAUCGCUUAAGCGUACAUCGCUGACGUAUGAUCGCGCAGGUGAUGCCCACUACGAUACCAUUAGCGCCCUACACAAAAGCAUCCGUGGCUCGAAUCCGGACGCUGCCUUGUACUGGCUGGCUCGCAUGAUCGCGAGUGGAGACGAUCCCCUCUUUAUCGCUCGUCGCCUGAUUGUAUGUGCAUCCGAAGAUUGCUGUUCGUCAGACGCGCUGCAGAUGGCCCUCGCCACCUACCGGGCCUGUGAGAUUGUGGGUCUGCCAGAAUGUGGCAUCAACUUAUCGCACUGUGUUGUAGUGCUGGCUGAGUGCCCCAAAAGCACGCGAUCCUACAAAGCGUGGAAAAAGGCGCUACGCGCUGUGGAGUCGGACUACAAUUACCCUGUACCCUACCAUAUUCGGAAUGCGCCUACGCAAAUGAUGAAGGAGUUGGGUUACGGCGCCGAGUACCGUUACGAGCCUUCGUACGCACACCCGGUUCAUCAAGAAUUCUUUCCCCCGGAAAUGCGCGGCACGCGCUUCCUCUCACCGUCGCCACGCGAUGAACCCGAUGUAUACCCCCUUCCCUCCUCGGCAGGUGUGGGUCCCUACUCGUGCCGCCGCCAAUUUCAGAUUGGUGAGCGUGCCGUGGACCUGGAUCUGCUCAAGGAAUGGGAAGAAAAACACAACCAUGGCCAACCAUGGGAGGGCAGGGAACGGUUAGAGGCCUUAGCGCCGCCUAUGGACCCUUCCUCCUCUUUGUCUACGAAAUGA